AGAAUCUGAACGGAACAUUCGAAAACCUAAUCUUUUUCUGUUUCUCUAUCGAUCAUUCGAGAACCAAUCAUGUUCACACUCCUCGUACUAUCUUCUUCUUCACAACUCAACAUUCCAAAAACCUCUAAAAUCAAUGGCAGAGUUUCAUCUUCCUCCCGAGAUCGAAAACGAAGCAGAGCAAGAGAACGCUACUUUCAUCGACGACGAGUACCUCGACUACAUCCAUUACUUGGCAUCACGAAGCAGCCAUGAAACGGAGACGUUUGGUUCUUACGAUGAAAUCUUCGGCCAAGUGUUGGGGAAUUCAUCUUUCACGCGGCGGCCGGAAACGGCCGAGGAACUUCCGGUGGUGAACUUGACGGCUGAAGAGUUGACGGAGAGGGGUUUGGUGGUUUGUGCCAUCUGUAGAGAGAAGCUAGCUCCUAGUGAGAGACUCUCUGAGCUUCCUUGUCGGCAUUAUUACCACAAAGACUGUAUCUCGAGUUGGUUGACUAAUCGGAACACUUGUCCUCUUUGCCGUCACAAGGUAAGAAACUAGUUGGGCUUUCUUGAUUUUUGGCUGAAGUUAGCUGGUAAAAUCUGUAACUUACUCAGAAUAUAUUACAAGAAAGAUCGAGUGAAUUGGCUAUAUCCUACCUAUUCAAAUGAAUUUGUUAGACUAAUCAACUUUCAAAAUAUGGUUAACAAUAUUGUAGACAAAAAGAAAAAAAAAGAUCAAUGGCAACCAAAUCUUACGGGUAUUGUAAUGAAUAACAAAAUUUCCUAUUUAA